AUGCGCGCUGACGUCUACCGUUUCCUCUUCCCUAUACCUGAUUGAGCUGCAGUCCAGUUGUACCAUAUUUUUUCGACGGGCUGUUUUUGAUCCAAAAAGGAAUUUCGAGUGUCUUUUAUGAGUAAUCAAAGGCAACAGAAGCCUACGCUAACAGGCCAGCGUUUCAAACCUCGAAAAAGAGAUGAAAAAGAGAGGUUUGACCCAUCCCAGUUUCAGGAAAGCAUUGUGCAAGGUCUAGAUCAAAGCGGCUCUGAUCUGGAAGCUGUCGCAAAGUUUCUCGAUGCCUCUGGUGCCAAGCUCGACUACAGACGAUAUGCCGAGACUCUGUUCGACAUCCUGGUGGCUGGAGGAAUGCUGGCCCCAGGUGGUACUCUGUCUGAAGACAUGACCUGCACAGAUUUCUGUGUCUUCAAAGCACAAGAGGACAUGGAGACCAUGCAAGCAUAUGCACAGGUGUUCAACAAGCUCAUCAGACGUUACAAAUACUUGGAAAAGGGAUUUGAGGAGGAAAUCAAAAAGCUGCUGCUGUUUCUCAAGGGCUUCACAGAGGCUGAACGCAACAAACUGGCCAUGCUCACGGGAAUUCUGCUGGCCAACGGCAAUGUCUCUGCAUCCAUUCUCAGCAGCCUCUUUAACGAAAACCUAGUCAAAGAAGGUGUUUCAGCCUGCUUUGCCGUGAAACUCUUUAAAUCCUGGCUUUCCGAGAAGGACAUAAACUCAGUUGCUGGCAGUCUUCGGAAAGUUGGCAUGGACAGCAGACUUCUGGAACUGUUUCCUGCAAACAAACGCAGUAGUGAGCACUUCACCAAGUACUUUAACGACGCAGGGCUAAAGGAGCUUUCAGACUUUGCCAAAAACCAGCAGUCUAUAGGCACACGCAAGGAGCUACAGAAAGAAAUUGAAGAUCAGAUGUCACGAGGAGACCCCCUCAAGGAUAUUAUUGCAUACACCCGAGAGGAAAUUAAGAAGAGCAACAUCUCAGAGCAGACAAUGGUUGGACUGAUUUGGUCCAGCGUGAUGAGCUCCGUAGAGUGGAACAAGAAGGARGAGCUGGUCGCAGAACAAGCCAUUAAACACUUAAAGCAAUACAGCCCACUGUUGAAGGCUUUUACCUCCCAGGGAUAUUCUGAACUCACACUUCUGCUAAAGAUCCAGGAAUACUGCUAUGACAACAUYCACUUYAUGAAGGCCUUCCAGAAAAUUGUUGUUCUGCUCUACAAAGCGGACGUUUUAAGYGAGGAAGCCAUUCUGAAGUGGUACAACGACGCCCAUUUGCCCAAAGGAAAAAGUGUUUUUCUGGAUCAGAUGAAAACUUUUGUCGAAUGGCUUAAAAACGCAGAGGAAGAGUCCGAAUCAGAGGAAGAAGAAACAGACUGAGGAUUCCAAUCGACAAAUUCAAUCCAUUAUUUCAAUUUAACUAUACAUGAGAUCCUGUCAAAGGAUUCUUCUUUUUUUUUUUUUUAAACAGAAGUCCCUCUAUGUACUUUUAAUUCUCUACCUCUGCAUAUCAACUGUCAUAGAAGGGCUUUGAUAUUCUUCGGACUURCUUCCUCUAUAAAUCAAUACUUGUACUUCUCUUUAUAUUUCUUAAGGACACAGUCUCAGUGCCAGAUGGAGCUGAAUGGGUAUAAACUAUUCUUUUCAAAAAAGUUUUAUCUUUUUUUUUUUUUCUUUUUGAGAAAGGCCGUUUCCUUCUAAAUUAUCCGGUUUAARAGAUUUCAAAGUUUCUGUCUUUAGUCAGUUUGCCAGAGGUCCUUAUGUGUAGCCGUGAUAUGCUGGUCRGGCAAAAGACRAACUGUUUUCUGACCUCAUUUUAGAUCUCUGCCAAUGAUGUGACAACAUUUGAAUUUACUGCCGGUUUUUAGAUUCAGCCUUCAUUAUUGGUAAUGGAGCUAUGCCAUUUUACACAAUCAUGUUAAUGGUGGUAAAUGUUGCCCCUCAAAGUUAUUUUUGUUUUUCCAGAAAAUCUUAUGUCAUUUUUGUAGGGUCUUACUCUUAUAAAACAAAUUUUAAAAUAAAGAAGCUAUCGUCCUGAAUGUAGCGUUUGUUUCUGCAUGUUAAAAGGCAAAAGCAGACGCCUUAAAUUGUUGAAAUUUUAUUAAGAUACAUACAACAACAUUUUCAAUGUAUUUACCUUAAAAUUCMCAACAAUAAUAGCUCAAAGUCUUCAUACCGGUUUAGGGGGGAAAAUGAACCUUUUAAGAUUUUUGCAGCCUUGAAAAUGGUUUMUUCCAUUAAAUUCAAUUUUUUUCCAAUUACCUCUGACAUGCCUUCCCUGUUCCUGCUGAAGAAAAGCAUCCCCACAGCAUCAUACUGCCACCACAAUUUACAAGUCACAAGGGAUGGUGUUAAAUUUCUGCCACAAAGCAUUUUGGGGAAAACUACUUUCAAUUUCUUUUUUGUAUAGGUUUAUCACAUAGUUUGACAUUACUACUCUACAUUACAAUUUUGGGUGUAACUUGGCAGCGUGUGAAAAGGUUCCUGUGGUAUGAAUAGGUUUUCAAGGGAGUGUACAAUGCAACCCAACUCAUGGAAACGAUCAUAAGCAGACGCUCGUUUGAGAGAGUUGCAUGUGCAGAAAGACAAAUAGUACUUCCUUACUGCCCGUGUUACUGAAUGUUUCCCUAAAACUUGUUUCUACUAGUGGAUUUCUUCUUGAAUAUCAUAAUCAUCCMAUCAGGAGAAGCAGCUUGACAUUCAUAACCUUAAGUGCAAACAGCAAUCUCAGUUUCUUCACUGUUACCCCACUUUAAAUCAUCAUUACGACGCAGUCAAGGGUGUAGAAAUGAGAGCGAAAUUAUUUAAAAUGUUAUCGACAGGUCAAUAAAGAUACACUCAGAAAGUCUGAAAGUAUAUUCACCUGUCCAGUUUGGUGUAUAUGCACAUAUAAAUGCAUAAUAAAAGGAUUAYACAACCCA